AUGACAUACUGUUUCCUUCCUUUUAAAUUCUUCAGGUGGUACCAUGAUCUGACAAGAAACAGCGCUGAGGCAUUGCUUUUAGAUUAUGGUCGUCAAGGAAGUUAUCUGAUUAGGCCCAGUAAGAACAACCCUGGGCAUUAUGCUGUAUCAGUGAGGUGGGUAAAUGAAUUACAAGGGGGGUGUUGAGACCUUUUUACCCCUCUCCAACCCCUCCCCCCUCUCUUAAACAUAAAUCAAUGAAAACUGUGAAUCUGCCAUAAAAGUCAAUGGAAACCAAAAAACACAACUUUGGUGGUAAAAAUAAAGGGAUGGUAUGUCACCAAUCCCACACUAAAUUAAAAUAAGUCUAUGGUCUUCAAAGAACACUGAUUAAUUACAGCUUUACAGACCUUUUGAGUGUACCCUUUUAAGAAUAGUUUAACACAGUGAUCUGGAAAUAUAAUGAAAUUUAAAAAAUCAUAUAAAAAUGUAGAUGUAUUUGUAUAAUAAAAACCAAAAUGUUCUCAAAAAGAAAUUACCUACCUCUGCUUUAAGAGGAGACUUAAACUGAAAAACCACAAAUUUCAAGAGCAGCAAAUCUAACAAUGGCUUGAAGCAAAACUGAAAAUCCCACUGUCUCCAUUGUAGUGAAUGACUGAAACUCAUAGUAAAUUUUGAUAAAAAUCUACAUUGUAAAAUAGGAAGUUGAGGUUAUAAGACAUGUAAAUCUGAGUUGACAACAAACUCUUUGCAAUAAAAGUAAUAUUAUUUUUAUACAAAAUUCUUUUCAAGCACUUAAUUAUGAUAAGAACGAGAAGGCCUAGGGCAGGUUGUGAAAAAGUCCGUGUUAGCGUUUGGUGAGAUACACGAUGUAAAAACAGAAAAUAAAUCUGUUUUUUGAUCAAUACCAGGCCCAAAUGCUGAACACUUUUAAAUAAACACCAGGCCACUAAGAUCAAAUAAAUGCUGGGGAUGUUCUUUAUAAAAUAAUUUUCUUUGGUUUUAACCUUAUCAAUUAAUUUAAGAACUGUUCUGAUAAACUGGUUCCCAUUUUGUUUAAAUGUUGGGCAUCACUAUCCACCUAAUAAAUCACUAUCCUGUGAAUAAGUAUUAGGGAAACCAAUUGCAUUCUCAACUGGAUAGAGAUAAGUGGAAGGAAAAAAGGAGUCAUGGAUGAGAGGACAACAGACAUGCCCUCUUAACAAGAGAUAUUAACAUGCUAACAGUAAGCUCGGAUGUCAACACUGGCAGUCGCUAUCAGUCCAUUUUUCAUUAGCUUUCCUACCCACCCAACCCAUGAUGUGAACGAUGUCUGAAGGUUGGCCACAUCACCGGGGUCUACGUCCCCUGCUCUUUUCGUACAGUGUUGUGGGUUCUUUUAUGUCCAACAAGAACAGAGAAGAGUAAGUGCUGUGAGACGGGACGUACGGUUUUUUGUCCUCAUCCGAGAAGACUAGAAAGUCUAACUGUUUGCAGAUGUCAUUACAAAGGCAGCACUUUCUUCUCAGUUAUUUAAAGACCCUGAGUGUUGGUCUGGCUGGGGUUUGAAACUGCGACUUCCCGCUCAGUAGACCGGCACUCUCCCAACUGAGCUAACCAGGCAUGUAUAUUAUUCAGUGGAUAGCACUUUCCAUGGUCAGUUAGGUGAAGACCGUUUUGAGCUAAGUUGAAAUGACGUCUGGGCUAGCAAAUGCUACCUUUUAAAUAACUGGGGCAAUAAAUUAAUGUUUUUGCUAAUCUUGCUGAGCAUAGUUUCCUGUGUUGUUACAAUAGGAGUGUUGAUUCUGUGAAGCACUUUGCAUUGACCUCCAAUAAUGGCACAUUUGUCUUUGGAGUAGGUAAAUUUCAUAAUCUCCAGCAGUUGGUGGAUCAUUUCCAAAAUUACCCAAUCAUUGGAGGAGAAACAGGUUUGCUUGUAGCUAGAACACAUUAUUUUGGUUCCAUAAAAUAUCAAUACCAAUAGUGAAUACCCGUAAAUUGUCAGUAGAAAUUUCUAUUGGGAGGUGAUUUGAGAAGUCAGACUUUGAAAGGGAAAGUAUUUUAAGGCUUGGUUGCAGAAACUCUAUACUGUAUAUAUAGCAGUGUACACCCACUCAACUCUCUUGAUGGCCACCUCUUUAAGAUGGACACCUUAGUAAACAGACACUUACAGUUGGUCCCUGACUUUCUUUACUCCCCCUUUGUUAAUUGACUCUCUGUAAGAUGGACAUCACUGUUAGAUGGACAAUAAAUGUUGAGAAAUUAUUGCUCAACAUUUAAGUUCUAGUCAGUAACAUUUAGACUUUUGCUGCCUGCUACUCUGGUUAUCUUGCCCACUAUUGUAAAACAUUUUGACUGGGAUGGGUUCUGUUAAUCUAAACUAAGAGUAUCAAGAAAGAACUUUUCUCUAACAUGCCAAACAAAAUGUUUUCUUUGUCAGCUUGUCUUGAAAUCAAAUAUUAAUAUUUAAAAUUUUUAGGUCAACCUAUUACACUGGAAUAUCCAUAUUCUUCUCACGUGCCAGAACCUUCAAUAUAUGAUGAAAUCAGUAGGCAUGCUGUGUGUGGGUUCACUUCAUCAACUUCGCAGUCAUCUGAGCAGGAACCAGUAGAUAUGGACUGGUCUGUGAGUAUCAAAAGGGCAACGUCAGGAGAAUUCUGUUAGAUAGUGCUUGUGUAAACUAGUAAUUAACUACGAUAAAUUCACUUAAAAACACAAUUUAUGGUGAACCUCUUUGGCCUGGAACUUUUGCCUAGCACAAUUAAUUUUUUAGGAUAUGUGCUAAUCCUAAGGUAUAUUUUGUUUUUUAGAUAGCAUCAAAGGAGGGUUUUCUUACCAAAAAAGGAAAAAUUCAUAAGGUAAUAGAAAAGCUCUCUUUAUUUCCACCAGUAACAAUCUUUAUUCUUAUCAGAGUACCAUAACCAUAACCUGUUAUGACUCAUCUAUAAAUCACAUAUUCAGUUGAUUUUUGUGUUGCCAUUCCAAAUUCAUUGACACAUUAUUGCUGCUUGUCUGUUUCUUUCAGAACUGGAAGAGGCGCUGGUUUGUCACAAACAGAAACACCUUACAGUACUUUAACGAACGAGGGGUACGUUAGCCUGAAUAAAACACUGACAUUUUGUGACACCACUCCUGGUUUCCUCAUGAAAUGACAUUUGAGGAGGUAGUGCAGAAAUUCCACAUUGAUGACAUGUCACUUUCCAAAUCUGCAUAGUGCUUCUGAUUGGUUGAAGCAAAUUUUCCAAGUGGCAUGACCAAUCAGAAGCAACCAAUCAGAAGCACUACCCAGAUCUGGGUAGUGAUGUGUCAUCAGUAUGGAAUUUUUGCGCUCAUUUCUCAGACGUCAUUUUGCGGGAAAACCAGUGGUGGCAUCACUAAAUACUGCCUGUUGUCUCAUGCUAGGGGUACGUAACUUUAGUUAUUAGUAAUUCUAAUUUAAAAAGGUUAUUUACAUGCGGUUGUAAAGUAUAAAUUUUAAAGCAUGCAUUUACAACACAAAUAGACUGGUAUUUCAACUGACUUAAUGGAUAUCAAUAGAUUACAUUUGUUUGCAAUAUUUUGUACCAGGAUAAGAAACCAUUAAGAGUGCUCGACCUUCGGCUGGCAGAAGAGGCUUUUAAAAAUAACACUUGUGGAAAACCAAAUGCAUUCAGGUAAGAUUUUAUGUGGGUAAAUUUACAGUUAUGGGGGGAUUAUUGUUACUCUAACUUUUAAAUGUGCGAAUCAGAUCCCAAAAAGCUACUGAGCAGGACUUUCCUGUGGUGCUGUUUAUUAUGCUGUACUAGGUGGCUCUAACUUUUGAGUGUGUGAAUGAAAUCCUAUGGUAUGACCGUUCAAAUGAAAGCUACGGAGCAGUACUUUCCUGUGGUACUGUUUAUUAUGCUGUACAAGGUGGUUCUAACUUUUGAGUCUGUGGAUGAAAUCCUGAAGUAUGACCAUUCAAAUGAAAGCUACUGAGGAGUACUUUCCUGUGGUACUGUUUAUUAUGCUGUACAAGGUGGUUCUAACUUUUGAGUAAGUGGGUGAAAUCCUAUGAUGUAACCAUUCAAGUGAAACCUUUUUGUAGUGCUUAGCAUUUAAUAAUCACCUUUAGAAGAGGUCUUCUCCAUGUCAGAUCAAUGCCAAAUCGUCUCAACCACUAACAGUAAAUUUUGUUUUUUCGACUGAUGUUUGGUAUCAUGAUACAGUUUUGGGGAAAACCAAUAAUACCAUGAAAAUAUAUAUAAUAUUAACAGUGGUGACAUGAUGGUAUUUGUUUCCUCUCUCAGCUUGGUUUUUCCAAAUAGAACAUUUUUCCUGUAUGCAGACUCCAAGGAAGAGAUGCAAGAAUGGAUGGAUCUCUUAACAUGGAAACUGGUAAGAUUCCAUGAAAAUGCAAAAGUCUAG